AUGGCAUUCGCUAGGGUUCGCUGCUGCGCUGCAGAGAGGCCGCCGCGUCUGUUGUUGCUGCAGCGGAGACUGCAGCAGUCUCCUCGAUUACGAACGCAGCUACAGCAGCAGCAGCAGCCGCAGCAGCACCAGCAGCAAAAUCUCCAACAGUGGUUGCAGCGGCCACAGCGGUGGGGAAGGGUUUCCCUACCCAGGGUCAGUUCUGGCUGUAUCGAGUGCAGCAGCUACAGCAAAUGCUGCAGCAGCAGCAGCAGCAGCAGCUGCAGCAGCACAGUACCUGCGAGGAGCAAGCCUUCUUUGCUUCUUCAGUUUGCUGCAUUUAAAAGGCCUCUGUCUACUGCUGCCACACGUGCUGCAGCAGUUGCCUUCUCACCUCAGCUGCAUCCAGACCUGCAGCAGCAGAAACAACAGCAACAGCAGCAACGGCAGCAGCAGCAGCAGCAACAACAGCAGCAGCAGCACGUUGGUGUUCGGGUACAGAGUCAUUCCUGGAAUACAAAUGGCUUUGGCUGCAGUUACUCAUAUUCAGCAGCUGCAGACAGAGCAUAUUUACCUUCAGCAGCAGCAGCAGGAGCAGCAGCAGCCGGAGCUGCUGCUGCUCCUGCUGCUGCUGCUCCUGAUGUGGUGGCACGGAGGGAUAGAAAGCUGUCUCUGUAUGAACAGCAGCAGCAGCUGCUGCUGCAGCUGCUGCAGCUUGAUCCAUCACAUCAUGAGUUACGUGUAGCUGUCUCCUCUUUGCUUCCUCUUGUGCAGCAGCAACAGCAGCAACAGCACCAGCCGCAGCAACGGCAGCAGCUGCAGCAGCAGCAGCAGCAGUUAGUCCCCUCCCGUGCAUGCAAAGAGGGGGGACGAUUCCCCCUUAUAUUAGGUCUGCUGCUGCCUGCUGCCUUUAUAAAGUUUAUGGUGUCUCCUUUUAGGUGUCUCCUUUCUCCCUAUUCAGGUGUACGUACACCUCAGCAAGGGAUUAAAUCAUUAGUAAGACAACGAAUAGAGUUGCUGCGGGCUUACGCGCUGCUGCUGCCUGUGCUGCAGCAGCUGCUGCACUCUGCUUCAGCAACAAGUUCAGCAGCAGCAGCAGCAGCAGCAGCAGCAACGAGUCCUCCAGCAGCUGCUGCUUCUAAAGAAUGUGGCUACCCGCAUUUGCUGCAGCUUCAGUUGGCAGAUGCAGCAGCAGCAGCAGCAGCAGCAGCAGACCGUCGUGCUGCUGCCAGCUCCCGUUCUGUUGCACCAGGCCGUCGAGGAGCUGCAGCAGCUGAGCAACAGCAAACUGCUGCUGCUGCCCUCCAAGGCGUGCGUGCUGCUGCUGCAUUCCUCAGCAGCAGCACAUUUAGAGAAGUGCUGCAGCAGCUGCUGCAGCUGCCUUCGUUCAAAGCUGCAGCAGCAACCGUCGCAAGAGCUGCAGCAGCAGCAGAAACACAAGGAAGCACCUUCAGCCGCAGCAGCAGUAGCAGCAGCAGCAACAGCAGCAACAGGGCGAAGGAGCUUCCUGCAACAACAGCAGGAGGAGCAGCAGCUGACAAUGAGGCUUUGCUGCUGCAGCAAGGGCUACACGCUUACUUCUUUGCCCCCGUGGAGACAGCUGCUGCGGCGCUGCUGCAGCUGCUGCAGCAGCUCCCUGCUGGUGCAGAUAACCCAGUAGGGGCCCUAGGAGGCCCUUUGAGCUGCAGACUGCUAGCAGUACUUGUCCGUUCCCUUCAAGCCUUUAACGAGGUGCAGCAGCAGCAACAGCAGCAGCAGCAGCAGCAGCAGCAGCAAGGUAGGGCAGGCCCGCAGCAGUGGAGUCCCUUCGCAUUGGGUUGCGUUAGAGAGGUGAUGCAGUUAGCUCGAUGUACAGCUAGCAGUAGCAGCAACUGCAGCAGCAGCAGCAGCAACAACAACAACAACAACAACAACAACAACAGCAGCAGCAGCAGCAAUAUUGGUUCCUUUGCUGCUGCAGCUGCUGCUUUACCCAUGUCCCUCGAUGAGACGCAGAAGCUGCUGCUGCUGCUACUGCAGUCGUUUGCUGCCACCAUAAACUCCGAAGCAGCAGCAGCACCAACAGCAACAGCAGCAGGGACUGCAGCAGGUGUUGCUGCUGUCUGCGAGCAUGCGGGGCCCCACAGUGCUGCUAAGUUGUCUUGGCGAGAUAUAGCUGAUGCAGCAAGAGAUGCAGGGCGGGUACUGACGUCUGUUGCUGCAGAAGGGGGAUCUGCUGCAGCAGCAGCAACAGCAGCAGCAGAAGCAGGAGAACGAGCAGCUGAUGCUGCUGCUUCUGGGAGCAGUAGCUACACAGCCCUUGCUGCUGCAGCAGAGCAAGUGCUGCGUGCUGCAGCAACUGCCUGUACACCCCAUGUAGCUCACAUUCCCCCCACAGACUUGGCGGCGCUGCUGUGGGCUGUUGCUGCUGCAGCACCUCGUAUUUACAAGGAGAUGAAGCAGCAGCAGCAGCAGCAGCAGCAGCAGCAGCAGCAGCAACAGCAGCAACAGCAGCAGGUGUUCGGUCGGCUGCUUCAAGCUUCAAUCCACCAUUUGCUGCUGCCGCAGAGGAAUGCCGAUGCUCUGUGGGGGCAACACUCAGAGGAAUUGCAGCAACAGCAGCAACAGCAGCAACAGCAGCAACAGCAGCAGCAGCAGCAGCAAGCAGCUUCUUUAGGAAGGCUACAGGUUUCCUGGCAGCUGCAGCAAGCAACGCCUUUAGACAGAUGUCUCCUUAUUUGGAGUCUCCUAGCAUGGGACCGAGCAGCAGCAGCAGCAGCAGCGCCUGCUGCUGCUGCUGCUGCUCCGCCUGCAGCAGCAGUUGGUGCUGGUGCCUCUGCAGCCAUGAUAUGGCCCGUGGAGUGGCUAGCUUUGACUGCUGCGUUCAGACAGCAGCAGCAGCAGAAGCAGCAGCAACUGCAGCAGAUGCUGCUGCAGAGCAGCGGCGCCAUGGCCUUGCAUGCAUUGGCUGUGAGAGCAGAUGAACUGACUCGCCCAGCAGACGCCGAUGCAACAGCAGCAGCAGCAACAGCAGCAACAGCAACAACAGCAGCACCAGCUGCUGCUGCUGAGGAUGCUGCUGCACAGAAGGCCGUGCAGGCCGUACGGCAGCAGUGCGGGUUGCUGCUGAAGGACUGUUGUGUGGCAGCAGCAGACGGUCGGCUGCAGCUCGUGAACUGCAGCCGCCUGCUGCUGUCGUUGCUGCACUCUGCUGCUCUUCUUGCUCGAGCAGCAGCAGCACCCAAAGCUGCUGCUAGCUGGAGCGGAGCCCCGCGUGCUGCAGAUAAGGGCCUCGGCAAGGAGGGUGUCUUGCUGCUGUCUCUGCUGCAGCGGCGGCUGCAUGCUGUUCUCCAGCAGCAGCAGCAGCAGCAGCAGAGGCAGUUGUCCUUACCUCUUGCUUCCUUACAAAGUGUCAGUCAGUUGCUGUGGUCCAUGUCUACAACUGGGGUGUACCAUUUGCUGCUGCUGCAGCUGCUGCAGCAGCUGCUGCUGCAACACUUGCUGCAGCAGCAGCAGCAGCAGCAGCAACGGCGAGAGGGUCUGCAGCAGCUGGUGCUGCAGCCACAGAUCCGCAGGCAGCUGCACCGAGCACUCAUGAGGGCGCUAAGGAGCAGAUGCCUGCAGCAGCAGCAAAUAGCAGCAAAGCCUGCCGCUGCUGCUAAGCUGGAGCAGCAGCAGCAGCAGCAGCAGCAGCAGCGGCUGAGUCUGUUCCACACGGCAUGCUGUCUGCGGGGCCUUGAGGAGACGGAGUGUCUCCUCAACUCCAUAGACUUCACCCCUCUUGUACAGCAGCGCCAACUUAUACUGGAGCAGCAGCAGCUGCUGCUGAAGCAACUGCAGCAGCAGCAGCAACAGCAACAGCAGCAGCAGCAGCAGCAGCAGCAGCAGACUGAGGGAUCACUACGCAUCGUUACCAGUGGUCUGCCACAGGCAAGUAAACUUUAUCAGGCUCUGCUGGCGGUGGCUGUCCUUCGCUGUUGGCGACCUCACCUUGUGCACCUCCUGGAAACAGGGGAGACACCUACUGCAGCAGCAGCAGCUGCAGCAGCAGCAGCUGCUGCUGCUGCAGCAACAGCUGGUGCUGCUCCAGGAGACUUAGGUGUCUCCGCUGAGCGCCAAAUGGCGGCGCUGCUGCAGCAGCAAAAUGUCUCUUUUGCUGCCGAGGCAAAAACCCCUGAAGGUAUUUCUGUUGAUUUUGCCGUCCUAGGGCUGCCUUGCAUGCGGCAGCAGCAGCAACAGCAGCAAAAGCAGCAACAGCAGCAGUUGCUGCUGCAGGGAUCCAAGGAGGAGAGCAGCCUGCGGCUUGUGCUGGAGGUGGACGGGCCGUCGCACUACGCACUAGACUGGUGA